GCGUUUCCACAGGGGCAGAAUUUGUUGACGCACCUCGCCGUCAGAUUCGCAUCUCGCAUGAAUAGAAUGAUAGCUGUAAAAGCCUGAAUUUAGGAAUGGAAACUGGAUGUAUGGAUGUCGUAGUUUGCACUUUGAGUCGGUAUCUGUCGAUGUAACGUGGAAACGGUGUUCCCUUUAUUCAACUUUAAAGUUGUCUCUGUUUGUGUGUAGAGUGGAAGCUAAAUAGCUGCUAGCCUAAAACUAGCAGUCAGGCUAGGUGACGUUAACCUCAUCGUUAGCCUGCGAGCUAGUCAACCCUGCUCCAACACCAUAGAGCAAAAACAGAGCAAAGAUGGUUGAACAUAUACUGGACCUGCCGGUGGAGAAGCAGAUAUUUUAUGCUGUUUUGGGAUUUUCGUGGACGGUGUAUCUAUGGGAAGCUUACCUUUCUUACAGACAGAGGAGGACAUACAGAUCAACAACAAGUGUGCCACAGGAACUCUGGAAGAUCAUGGAUUCUGAAACAUUUGAGAAGUCGCGUCUGUAUCAGCUGGAUAAAAGCAACUUCAGCUUCUGGUCUGGACUCUAUUCUGAGACUGAGGGGACGUUGAUCCUGCUCCUGGGUGGAAUCCCAUUUCUGUGGGACGUUGCUGGUUCUGUGAUGACUCGCGUAGGAUUUGGUUCAGAGUACGAGAUCACCCAGUCGCUCCUGUUUCUGACUCUUGCCACCCUGUUCAGUGCCUUUACCGGACUUCCCUGGAGUGUGUACAACACGUUCGUCAUCGAGGAGAAGCAUGGCUUUAACCAGCAGACGUUGGGGUUCUUCUUUAAGGAUGCUGUAAAGAAGUUCAUCGUGACCCAGUGUAUCCUGCUGCCCGUCACCUCGCUGCUCCUCUACAUCAUCAAGAUUGGUGGAGACUACUUCUUCAUCUAUGCCUGGCUCUUCACCCUGGCUGUUUCUCUGGUGCUUGUCACAAUCUACGCGGACUAUAUUGCUCCCCUGUUUGACAAGUUCGCUCCUUUGCCAGAAGGAGAGCUGAAGGCGGACAUUGAGUCCAUGUCCAAGAGUAUCAGCUUCCCCCUCACUAAGGUCUAUGUAGUUGAAGGUUCUAAGCGUUCGUCACACAGCAAUGCAUACUUCUAUGGGUUCUUCAAGAACAAACGCAUUGUACUGUUUGACACUCUGCUGGAAGACUACUCGCCGCUUAACAAGUCUGGAGAGCCACACCCUGAGCAGCCGGAGAGAGAGGACGCGUCCAACGAAUCCAAAGCCACGCCCAAGAACAAGAAACAAGGAUGCAACAACUCUGAGAUCCUUGCUGUCCUGGGUCAUGAGCUCGGCCACUGGAAACUCGGCCACAUGGUCAAGAAUAUCGUCAUCAGUCAGAUGAAUUCCUUCUUGUGCUUCUCCCUGUUUGCUGUUCUGAUUGGACGCAAGGAGCUGUUUGUAGCUUUUGGCUUCAAUGACAGCCAACCCACAUUAAUAGGCUUGAUGAUUAUCUUCCAGUUCAUCUUCUCCCCGUACAAUGAGCUCCUGUCCUUCUGUCUGACAGUCCUGAGUCGCAGGUUCGAGUUCCAGGCAGAUGCUUUUGCACGCGGCAUGGGCAAAGCCUCCGAGCUCUGCUCUGCCCUCAUCAAGCUCAACAAGGACAACCUGGGCUUCCCCGUGGCUGACUGGUUGUUCUCCAUGUGGCACUAUUCCCACCCUCCCCUGCUGGAGCGCCUUAGAGCACUGGGCAGCAUCAAGCAGGACUGAUGGGGCUGGAAGGGGGAGGGCCGACUGCUGCCUUCUCCAAAGGGCCUCCGCAGACCGCUCCUGGCCCUGUGAUGCACCCUGGCCUUUUUCUAACCAUCUGCCCGCUCGCC